AUGCAUGUCAUCGUCGUUGGAGCCGGCCCUUGUGGCUUUUCCUUGAGCUUGGUUCUAGCUCGGGCUGGUAUACACGUGACACUGCUCGACAAAGCAGACGGGGUAGGUUCUCAGCCACGGGCUGCACACAUCUUUGCUCCUGGUAUACAAAUACUCAGGCGUGCUGGAGCCUUGGGAGACGUUCGGCGUGCUGGUUUUGUCCCCAAGGAUUGGACAUUUCGCAAGGCUGAUGGCACACCGAUCGUGACCAUUGAGGACUUUGCACCAUCGAAGAGUCCAGAUGCUACGACUGUAUUGCCCAUAGACACUCUAGGAAAGAUUCUAUGGUCCCAUGCGCAGAAAAAUGACAACAUUUCUGUGGGAUGGGGUUGUGAGGUUCUGGAUGUUGUACAAGACGAAGACUCUGCAUGGGUAUCAGUCCGUGAGAAUGGUGGAACUGAGAGGAUAAUCAAAGCGGACUUUGUGUGUGGCUGUGAUGGAGCGUCUAGCCAAGUACGUAAGUCGCUGUUUGGCGGGGAUUUUCGCGGGAAGACCUGGAACGACCAGAUGGUUGCAACAAACAUCUACUUUCCAUUCGACGAAUGGGGUUAUGAUGAUCUUAACACCUUCAUUGAUCCCAAGGACUGGCAUAUUGUUGCUCGCCUGACGAAGGAUGGACUUUGGCGUGUCUCAUACCGAGAAGAUGGUAGCAAAACUUUACGUGAAGUUCUUGAGGAUCACCCAGCCCGUUUCGAGCAAUUGCUUCCCGGCCACCCCAAGCCUGAGGAUUAUACUAUUCUCAACAUAAGUCCAUAUCGACUACAUCAACGAUCCGCGGAGAAAUACCGAGUUGGCCGUAUCUGUUUGGCAGCCGAUGCUGCGCAUCUCUGCAAUCCUUGGGGUGGCUUAGGUCUUACAGGAGGCUUUGCAGAUGCGAUAGGAUUAUCCGAGUGCCUCAUAGGUGUCCAUAUGGGUCGGGCGGAUCAGAGCAUUUUGGACAAGUACGACGAGGUGCGUAGAUCCAUUUACAAGAAUUUCACGGACCCGAUCUCAACGAGCAACUUCAUGCGAGUGUCAACUUCGGAUCCGGAGACGAUCCUUGAGAAGGACCCAGUCCUGGCCACUUUUGCUCGUAUGCAUGAUGAUUCUAAGUUUAGGGACGAUUUUGACAGG